GGCUGGGGCUCCGCUGCCCGCCCCGCGCGCCCCCCGCCCGCCUCCGGAUGCGCGGCUCGGUUAGCCUGGGGAGGAAGAUAAAGACAUUUGCAACCAAGAUGGUCAUCACGAGUGGCAAUGAGGGAGACCGAGGGGACCAGGAGAAGGAGAGCAAGGAGGAGAGCAUCCUGGCCAUGCUGGGCAUAAUCGGGACCAUCCUCAACCUCAUCGUCAUCAUAUUCGUGUACAUAUACACCACUCUGUGAGCGGCCAGAAGACGGGUCCCUGCGGCUGCAGACACGUCACCCCCUCGCUGCCCAGACCCCGCCGGCCCUUCCCUUGGGACUUCCCGGGAGGUGACCCAGCCCACCAGCUCUGCUGCUGCCAGGGGAAGACUCAAAAAGCACAAUGAAUCCACCGAAACUCACUCACCCAGGAACCAGAGGACCCUUGGCGGGGAGCCCCGGAGGAUGCUGGGAAGUCCGGCUUUGGACACCAGCCAGGUGUGUCCUCCUAACCAGAAGAGCUGCUUCCAUGGGGAAACCAGAGGCCCGCCUUUUGACAGCCAUCCCCUUUCUCAGAAGUGUCUAACGACUUGAUACCAGGGAGAUCACUUCUUUCUCCUUUUUUUUUUUCUUUCCAACUUCCCCCACCCCACCUCCAUGGGCUUGACGUGUGUCUCUGUUCAUAUCAAGGUUUAUAAAUAUAUAUUUUUAAUAAAUGUGCUCUAUUUUUAGCAUGAACCAAAUAUUUGGAGAGGCGCUCCCGGCUUCCCUGAGCUGACUUUGGUUUCACCCGCUUUGCUUCCUGACUGCAGAUUUUCUGUUGAGUAGUCAUUCUUGAAUUGUUAACUGUCUCUCUGUCCUCUCUCUCCUCCUCUCUCUCUGCUUCUGGAAGAUACUUCCCCACAAUACCAGCCCUGGUCCUGGUUGGUGCAUGUUUUUCAGAUUGUCCAUUGAGUGUUUUUUUUUUUUUUAAUUUGUUUUGUUUUUGUUAAAUCAGAGACUUCAAAGGACUGCGUGUGCUCUGGACACACCGUAUCCUAAACCAGACUUCUGCAAGAAGAAGGCCUGAGCACAGAUCAGCUUGUCACACCCGACAGAGGACUGUCCUGGGGGAAGCAUGCAGCGUGUGCAGACAGCCUGGACGCGAGAGUCUGAUUCGUGGGCUGCGUGGCUGUCUCAUUCCCACCAUCACCCCUGAUCAGAGUUUGAUUUCAGUGGCCGAGUCCUGGGACCCCAGCCCUCAGAACGUCAUUUCUUCUUCCUUAGCGAACCACCUUGUCAAAAAAGCAGGUGGGGGGUUGGAACAGGUGGACCCCCUACCCAUGGGAGCGGCACUUCUAAAGGGUCCUCGCUGGGAGGCAACAGGGUGGGGCUCUGCAGGCCUGCUGUGUUUCUCGGAGCUCCCCGAACCUCACACCCACCAGAUCUUUUUCCUCUCUGGCCGGCCAGCUGGAUGGACACACGCCUGCUCUGGUGGCCUAGUGUCCCGAGACUGCAGGGGUGUCGCCUCAGAAAAGGGGGCCAGCCUCGCCUCUGGGUGGCAACAGCACAACCCGUCUAAUGGGAUUCAAGAAGUCUCUGCCAGCAGAGCUCUCCCUCCCCAGCCUCCACUACUCGAGAGUCAUUUCUCAGACCCGUAACAGACCAGGCUCUUUUUUUAAUCGAAUGUCCCUGAGCACAUGGCUCUGACACACUGGUUCAUCAGGUGUUUCCUCUCCCCUGCCAUGUCGUGGGGUGCCGGGUGUCAUGGGAGCUCACGGCAGCCCUGGGAGGGAGGGAGUCUUGUGCCCAGAGAUUAGGAAACUUCCCCCAAGAACAUGUGCCUACGACUGGUGAAUCAGGACUCGAACCCCCGUCCCAUCUGUCCGGUUCCUUAGCCCACCUGGGGCCUGCCCUGACCCCUCACCCCAGAGCAGCUGGGCAGAGAGGGUGUCCCUGUGACAGUGACCCAGGGCUAGCUCCGCACAGCUACCACCCCCUGUGGAAACGGAGACCCCGGACCUCCUUGAACACUGCAGAGUAUCAUAGGAAGCAGGAGGGGCUGGCUGGGAUGGGGCGCCAGGGAGGGGCCGUGAGGUCUGUAUGAUUCUCCAAUAACUGUAAGACAUUCUGAACGGUGAACCGAGUUAACAAUAAAGGUGCAACGGAAAAAAAC